AUGCAGCAGAUGCUGGUGGAGCAGGUGUUUCUGAUGCCCACCGAGCGUCAACCGACGCUGCUUCGACAAAUUAACCGCAGCAGGAUCACGCUCAUCUUCGACGAUGAGGCGGACCCCAUGGAGGAAUUAUCUUCAGACACCUCCACCGCCAACGAUCUCACGCUGCCUCAAUACGUUGUGCCCUCCCCUGUGGUCUACACCCUUGAUGGUGUCACCGCCUACAGUGAUGGAACCCCGGUACCAGCUGCUGAGGUUCCCUCGAUCGUCAGCCCACGCACAGGUCUAGACUUCGCCGCUACAGCGACGCGUCGACGAAGUCAUACGCCGGAGUUCUCACGCCCUGUCCCCUGGCAGGUUACUACACCGCGUACCUCGGAGGAAACGAGCGGUGUCUUGGCCAAGUCCCGUCCCACGAGUGGAGCCCCGCAAAGUUUGCGACCGGCAAGGCCAACUUCAGGCUUCUCCCUGAGGCGUACGCCGCUACGUGCUGCCUCUGCUGGUUGCAAUCAGCGAUUGAGUCGUAGCGUCAGCUCAGUUAGCCGAACCAGUGUUCUGGGCACCCUCACUUUGUCCCAAAUUUCAGAGAGUAUGAGCACAGUUGCGCCGAGUAAUGGUAACAGCUGGACAAAGUCCAAUAGCAUUGACCUUUCGCAGAAGGCGAAGAUCACGGCUAGCAUGUUUCAGUCGGCAUUAGAUCGGUACGUUAAGCUGGAUGAUCAAAGUUACUUCCAGGAAAUGGUCCGCGUUUGUUUACCAUCGCAAACAGAGGAACAAUGGUUUGAGGAGGAACCGAGCAAGCCGGCAAAAAAGAUUGAAGGACUAGUUUUACUAUUGAUGCAUGUACGGCGUUGUGAGGGUAUCGAGAUUGAUGAGUCCAUGAAAUCCCCCAUUGUAAAAGUAUUCACCAACGCUGGUGUGCUUAUGCGUACUCCGGUUAUGGAAGACCGUGAAGAACCUGUGUGGCCUAUUGAAGUUGCCUCAUGUAUCAACUUUGUCCAUGCAGACUUGGAGGUUCAUUUCACAAUAUGUGAUGCCGAGGAUGAGGGAAAGAUUGCGUAUUCCGCCACAUUGCCUACGGGCAGCCUUCGAGAGAAUGGAGGUGUGGGCAAGGUAUGCAUACCUAUGCAUGCUGAGGAGCUUGGCUUAUCUGAAUCAAGCACCGAUGUUGGGGCGCAAAUUGAGGUUUGCAUUAUGGCUGUGACAGCCUCCAAGAACAGUAGUUUGAAGAAGCGCCUUGGUGACGAAGAAGAUGAGGAAUCUUCAGAGGAUGUUAGUACGGUAUACCUGCAGGUAUUGGGAGUUCAAGGUUUAAAGCAUCGUAUUGAGGCGGUUGUCAGUGUCUCCGUGGAAAGCGAUGGAAAAAGCAAAGAAAUUCUGCGUACUCCAAGAGUCACACCUAAGACUCGCACACCCUCUUGGCCAGGGCAAAGUAGUUUCUGUGUCGUUAAAAGCGAUGGCGCUGUUAGCUUUGACUUGUAUCACCGUGAUGCGUUCUUGGCGUCGUACGACACCCCCGUUGAUACCCUGGCCUUUGGUGGAACAGGCAUUUAUGUCUUUCACUUGGUUCGGGCACAGGGAGACCCAGGCGAAGUUUAUGGAGAUAUCACAGUCUCCAUUCUUGGUCUGAAGGCGGCCUCUGUGGAGGAGCGCGCCUUGAAUCGGCCAGCCAAGGUUCUCAUAUUGCACGUGGAAAGCUUGAAUUUGGCGCUGACUUCGGGCGAUUUCACUCCUGACCCAUUUGUUAUUGUACGCGGGUUAAAUGGUGAAGUUAUACUGCGCACCGCACUCAAUCUUGGCACCUACAACGCAAAAUGGACCGAGGAGGAGGCAUCGUGUUUUAUCAUGUGUCCAAAGCUUGAAGGGGCUACUGCCAUCUAUCGGUUUGAGGUGUACGACAACAAUGAGUCCAACAAAAUUGGAACAGCAGAGAUGGCGGUGUCUACAAAUGGAGCACGGCGUAGCCGCAUGCAGCUUCCUGUGGGGAACUGUGGGGCGUUGAAUUUAGUGGCUCACACCUUUCCUGUUCAGGAUGUUCCCCGGCCACUGCACGCGAGCAGAGAUUCUUUGCCCAUUGACGGCAACGAGGAAGGCUUCUUGUUAUCGAUUCAUGUUAGUGGGUGUGACAACCUUCAGGGUACGGGCUUUGACGACUUUCAGAUUGAUCCCCUCGUAACCGCACGCGUAGGACGAAGGCGCGUGGUGGUGGCACCAUUGAUUUCCGGAAGCACAGCUCCACGGUGGCCGUAUCCGAAGGCCACGUUUAUUCUGCCUGUUUUGCCAGAGCUCUUAAAUUAUGUCACUCUAGAGGUGUGGGAUACAAACAUCGAGUUGUGUGAUGUGCUUGGUGUCGCACGCGUCUCAGUUGAGGAACUUUGCCGAACAGGCACGCACCAUUUUCUGCUCCAACCGCACAAGGAUCAGGAGUUUGGACGGCGUCAAAAUCUGGGCACUAUCACGGUAAAAACUCGCUUUGGACGAAGGAACGGCGAAGUUGUUUCCGAUGGCUCUUCGGAUUUACUUUUGAUUGGGAAUAGCUACGGUGGAAGUUUGCUGGAUAACCGUCUCUUUCAAACCCCAGGCGACUCCCCAGAGCUUUCUGUCACGCGCGUCCGCGUGCAUCUCUCCUGCUGUAGCGCUCUCCAGACGGAGACGCCAAUUAGGUUCAUCAAGGCCACUAUGUCAUGUCUUCAGCACGUGUUGUUGGAGGUUAAGAAGGAGUACGACAAGUCCAGUAGCGUGGCCUGGUCGCUGGAGGAGGCCCAGGUAGUCGUUGACCUGCGGUCAAUUUAUGGCCGUUCGCUGCGCUUGACAGUUGCGGGCAGUUCCACGACUCCUGGGGGUGAGUACACAGACAUUGGUUCGGCGCUCGUGCCUUUCUCGACACUCGGCUCGGCUGCCCCAGAGACCAUUUCGGUUCGGAGCUUUUUGCUUACAGACUCACCGAGCGACGAACACCACCCGCGCGGAGUUGAGAAGAGGGAGCGUUCGCGAAGUAUUAGUGUUAGCGCGGAUGCGCCGACCAUCACCCUCUCUCUCUUCGCAUCGGGCGCGGCGCGCCCCGUAGGCCUGGGCGGCGAAUAG